GGUCAGGUGAAGAACGGGCAGACUUCAUUGCUUGCUCGUGGCAGUCGGUGUGCGUGGUACUGCUCCGUUAUUUGCUGGGUCCGGCGUUCAAGUACCUUCUGCGCGGCGGGCGGCAGAAUUUGGUUAGCUGAAUUCACUUUCUGGAUAUAAGACGCGUUGCGAUGGGCGACGAGGGCUCGAGCGCCGUCAAGGCCUUCUACCGCGGCGCCAACGUGCUGCUGACGGGCGGCACGGGCUUCGUGGGCAUGGGCAUCGUGGAGAAGCUGCUGCGCGUCUGCCCCGACGUGGGCACCGUCUUCCUGCUGAUGCGGCCCAAGCGCGGCAAGUCGCCCGCCGAGCGCCUGCAGGACCUCGCCAAGAACCCGCUGUUCGAGACGCUGGUGGAGAUGCGCGGCGAGGGCGUGUUCGAGCGGCUGCAGGUGGUGGAGGGCGACGUGUCGGCCGAAGGGCUGGGCCUCAGCGCCGCCGACCGCGCGCGCCUCGCCGCCGCCGUCCACGUCGUGCUGCACUCGGCGGCCACCCUCGACUUCGACACGCCCCUCGCGGCCACCGUCAACACCAACCUGCUCGGCACCCGCCGCGUGCUGCAGCUCUGCCGGGAGAUGACCAACCUCAAGGCAAUGGUGCAUGUUUCAAGCGCUUACGUCAACAGCAAUCGCACGGACGUUGAAGAAAUUUUAUAUCCUAUUGAUCAAGACGCUGACAAAUUAAUCGAAUUAACCAACACCAUGACUGAACAAGCUCUGGAAGAAUUAGCACCCAGUCUAUGUGGAGAUUUGCCUAAUGCUUAUGCUCUUACAAAGGCAUUAGCAGAGCAAGAAGUUUCAAAGGAAUGCAGUUCAUUCCCAUGUGCAAUCGUGCGUCCAAGCAUGAUUACAGCAGCUUGGAAAGAGCCUGUACCUGGAUGGACAAAUUCCAAAAAUGGCCCAACUGGUUUUAUGAUGGGAGCUGCUAAGGGAGUUGUUCGCAGAUUGCCUGUCUGCACUAAGCUAAUUUGUGACUACAUCCCUGUCGAUGUGGUAGUGAAUGAAGUCUUGGUUGCUGCUUGGUAUGCUGCCACUGAAAGGUCAACUACUGUGCCAGUGUUUCAUUGUACUUCAUCAACCUGUAAUCCAUUCCGUUGGCAAACAGUUGAAGAACAUGUUAACACAUACUUGCACAGAUUUCCAUUAACUUCUGCAGUAUGGUAUCCAUAUCUCAAAUUUUUACCUUCAUUGAUGAUAUUUCGCAUAGCUGCAUUUUUUGUACACAUGAUACCUGCUUACAUCUUGGAUUUUGUGACAUUGAUAGCAGGAGGUAAACCUAUACUUGUCAAACUUCAUACCAAUGUAAACAGAUCCUUAGGACGACUGGCACCUUUCAUCUUCAAUGAAUGGCAUUUCAGUAAUGAUAAUACUCAACAGCUAUCCAAAGCAAUGAACGUUGUAGAUCAACAACUCUUUUUUCUGGAUAUCUCGUCUCUACAAUGGGAGUCAUACUUCAUCUCUUUGGCUCAAGGUGUGAGGCGUUACCUCAACAAAGAGCAUCCCCGCUCUUUGAAAAAGGCUCAAAGAAAAGACAAAAUAUUGUUGGUGCUACACAUUCUGCUUCAGCUGCUGUUGUGUUUCUCUGUUUGGUGGCUUACAUCAUGUGCCACUGCUUCUCCAGUGAAGGCAUCUGUGGUUGCAGUGGUGGCAUAUUCGUUGUUUAGUCUUCUCUAGAAAAAUAUAUUUUCAAUAUCACAACACUGAACAAAUAUAUUAUUUUGUUAUGGAAACUUGGAGGAUUAUCAUGCUAUACAACAUGUUCUGUAUAGAUCUUCAUAAAUCUGAUAUAUUUGAACAGUUGCCUUGCAGUAUACUGUGUGUUGUACCUUAGUUUUUAUUCCUUGCGGCAUGUUCAUUCUUGCUCUAAGUUAACAUAAGUUAUCUCUUCAAAUUAUUAAAAGUAAAAAUUUUGUUGUAAAAGUACAUUUUAAUUUCAUGUAGUAUUGAUUUUAGUAUGUUUUGUGCAACUGUGUGAAAUAUGUAGUAAGAUACUGUAUUAGAUGGUGGAAUCAUAACAAAAACAUUUUAUAUUUGUUUUUCAUAUUUGUAGAUGUCUCAUUUGCUAGAAAAUAAAAUAUUUUCAAGUUAAAUAUAUAAUUUAUUUCUCACUGCUCAAAUCUCAUAAUGUUAACGAUUCAUUGUACUUCAGGACAAAGAAUUUUAGCUCUAAGGUGUGUAAAAAGAGAAUGUUACCUCUUAUCAAGGUCCAAGAGGCUCCAUUUUGAAAUUGAAAUAGGAUAUUACAUAAACCUAAAAAUUGAUUCUAAGAACUUUGAUGAUAAACCUUGCAACUUGACGAAAAUGAAAGACUGGUCUUUUAAAUUCUAUUCAGGUAAUAAAUCAUGCCUGGAACCAAAAAGUAUUGUUUAAGAAAUCAAAGCAUUGUCUAGAUUUCAUUUCUUAUAAUGUCAGUUGUAUUGUGUCAAUCUCCUCACCUUCCUACAGUUUUACUUAAAAUACCACAGGUACUUGUUCUAAAAACUUAUAACUUCUCUUAAAUUUUUGUUGUGAAGAAAUGAGUUAAACAUUCUUAAGACUUAUUUAUUUGAUGCUUAGAAAGUUCUCCUGAUAUUCUUUCAUCUACUGAAUACUUUAUAAGAGGUUGUUAAAUUAAAUCAGUUUUAUGUACUUUAAUUUUCAAAUCUUAUUGUUUCAUAUUAGGUAAUAAUUUAGAAACCAUCAUCUUUAGAGGCACCUUCUUAUCUUCUUUAUCAGAUUUAUUUUUUCUCUGUUGUUGUACUUAUAUUCUGUUAUAUUAGCAUAAAAACCAAACUUUUACUUAGCCUGCAUUUACUGUCCCAGAAUGGCUGACUUCAUAUGUUUAGUCUGCAAUAGGUUGAUUUUUACCUUGUGAGCUUUUAUUGAUCAUGGAAAUUAUGCCUUCUAAGCGUCAUUCAAUAAUAUUUUCCUAAUUAACUGCAUGAAUAUCUCUCAGCUUAUUGAUUUUAUUUAUCUCUUAUAUCUAAUAUCAGCUUUACUAAAUACUUGACCAUAUUCUUGAGCAGUACUCUUUUUCUAUCAUUGUACUAUCUGAUCUUAUUUAUUUCAGUGUUAUUCAUAAUAUGUAUUGUAUUCAGUGCAUGUCUGGUAACAUGGUUAACAUCUCUUUUACUGAUUCUACCUGAUAACCCUUACUUUUCUCGUAGCAGUGGGUUUCAUUUUAUGCUAAAAUCAAUCAUUUUAAGACCAUUCAUAUUUGUGAGCUUUGAAAGAUAUCCAAUGUAUUAUUUCAUUGAA